CAGACAGGCGUGCUUGCUUGCCCCGGUGGGCGGAUGUAACCCUACAGACACUAAACGGCCUUUCUUCACAGGCCUCUUUCUCUACCAAGUUGUACCCGCCCGUCCUGUCAUCCAGUCUUCUUUUGGCCUGGCUUCGGGCAAAUACAGGACGCUAGCACGCAUGUGGAGUGGUCCUCGAAGAUGUCAUGUAACCCUUUGUGCAGAAUGGCCGGCCUGCCAUGCGCUGGGCCGGGCUUUCCUGGUGGUGCUGGUGCCGAUCAUUGCUUGGUUACUCCAAGAAACACAAAAAAAGAGUGGACGAAAGGCAGGGUUACCUAUGGCUGCUUUGCCAAGUGAUUUUAAACUAGCCAGCCAGCCACACGCGACCAAGAGACAAGCACUCAACUAGCAGGGUCCCGUGAGACGGAACUAAGAUCUUAUGCCCCAGGGAUUGUCUUAAAAAUCCACCAACCCCCCGCUGAGGAACAAGGAAUUCUACCGAGACAGCUUUUUCAUCUGACAGCUCGUCGCGCUCCUUUCUUCUUCCUCUUCUUCACCAGUCCUUCCUUACCAUCAAGUCACUGCCACUAGCAUUGACUGCUGAUUGAUUCGCCAUGAAGUCCAUCUCGCUCGCCUCAGCCAUUUUUGGCUUGGUGGCGGUAGCCGACGCCGUCAAGGUCAACCCACUGCCAGCGCCACAGGAGAUCUCCUGGGGCACCUCCGGCCCUCGCCCCUUUGGCUCUGUGCAGCUCAAGACCAACUACAAGGGAAACUGCGGCAGCGCUGAGCGCAUCCUGUCCGAAGCCUGGCAGCGCGCCAGCACGACUAUCACCAAGAUCCGUUGGGUGCCACAGGCCAUCGAGAAGCCCAUCCCCACGUUUGAGCCGUUCCCCUCUAGCCUGCCCGCAAAGUCCAACUCGACGAAAUUCCGAGCUGCCAAGCGUGAUGGUGGCCCCCUCAGCUCCAUCAGCGUCAGCGUCGACGACUGGAAGGCCAAGCUUGCUCACGGUGUCGACGAGAGCUACACCCUCGUUGUGGACGGCUCCAGCGAAAUCAAGGUGACGUCCAAGACCAUCUGGGGCGCCCUCCAUGCCUUCACCACUCUGCAGCAGAUGGUCAUUGAAGACGGCAAUGGCCUCGUUAUCGAGCAGCCCGUGUCCGUCAAGGAUUGGCCCAAGUACCAGUACCGUGGUGUCAUGGUCGACACUGGCCGCAACUACAUCUCGCCCGCCAAGAUCAAGGAGCAAGUCGAUGGCUUGUCCCUGUCCAAGAUGAACGUGCUCCACUGGCACAUUACCGACUCUCAGUCCUGGGCCAUCAAGAUUGAUGCUUUCCCCGAGAUGACCAAGGACGCCUACUCUGCCCGCGAAACCUACUCGACCAGCGAUAUCAAGGACCUCAUCAAGUACGCCCGCGCCCGUGGUGUCCGCAUCAUUCCCGAGAUCGACAUGCCCGGCCACUCCGCUUCAGGAUGGCAGCAGAUUGACGAGAGCCUCGUCACCUGCCAAAAGAGUUGGUGGUCCAACGACGACUGGCCUCACCACACUGCAGUCCAGCCUAACCCUGGACAGCUCGAUGUUUUGAACCCCAAGAUGUACGAAACCAUGGAAAAGAUUUACCGCGAGCUCUCUGGCAAGUUUGCCGAUGACUUCUUCCACGUUGGUGGCGACGAGCUGCAGACCAACUGCUUCAACUUCUCCAAGCCCAUCCGCGAGUGGUUCGCUGAGGACUCCUCCCGCACCUAUUUUGACCUCAACCAGUACUGGCUCGACCACGCCAUGCCCAUCUUCACCUCUCCCGGCAACACCGGUCGCGCCAACCGCCGCUUGAUUAUGUGGGAGGAUGUCUAUCUGUCUGCUGAUGCCCACGCCACCAACGUUUCGCGCGAGAUCAUCAUGCAGUCGUGGAACAACGGCGUUGACAACAUCUCCAAGCUGACCGCUGCCGGCUUCGACGUCAUUGUCUCGUCUGCCGACUUUUUGUACCUCGACUGCGGCUUCGGUGGCUACGUCAGCAACGAUCCCCGCUACAACGUCCAGAGCAACCCCGAUCCCACCGGUUCGACGCCCUCUUUCAACUACGGCGGCAUUGGCGGUUCCUGGUGCGCUCCCUACAAGACGUGGCAGCGCAUCUACGACUACGACUUUGACCGUGACCAGACCGAGGCCCAGCGCAAGCACAUUAUCGGCGCUUCAGCACCCCUCUGGUCUGAGCAGGUUGAUGACACCAUCAUCAGCGGUAAGAUGUGGCCUCGUGCUGCCGCGCUUGGUGAGCUUACCUGGUCCGGCAACAAGGACCCCAAGACGGGCAAGAAGCGCACCACAACCUUUACCCAGCGUCUCUACAACUUCCGCGAGCACCUCGUUGCUCUUGGUAUCCCUGCUACGCCUGUGACUUCCAAGUUCUGCCUGCAGCACCCCCACGAAUGCGAUUUCUACUACGACCAGGAAGCCGUCAAAUAAACGAGAGCGAUAAAGGACGCUGUAAAAAGAGAAACUGCUUGACAUGCAUAUCUGUGCACAAUUUCCAUUUCUUUCACUUUCAUGUACAUAGUUUUAACGGGCGUUUUGUAAAAUUAGUACAACGCUAUACAACCGACAACAGAGAACCAUUAUCAUCCAACCCAAACCAUCAUCAUGCCAUGAUUAUAUUUACUCCUUGAAAGGGACAGUACGCAGGAAAUGCCAGGUCGACCCGUCGCUAUACGUCUCUUUGAACCCAAGCACACCCUCGAUCAUGCUAAUCGGCAUCAGCGGCGAGAUGUACUCGACCUGGUACGAGUUCUUGGGAAUGGUCAUGGAGAGGCGGUCGUACAUGGGCCCAAGACCCCAGGGACUGUUGUGCAAUUUCAAAUCGACAAUUGGCGGCUAGAGGCUCUCUGUUAGUUAAUUCUAUGGCAUAAAACGUUGUUGCUGACAUACCUUGUUCGUGUAGUUGUAGUCGGAACGGCACCAUCGUGUCAUGUACGCCUCGAGCAUCUCGAGAGACGGUGAAUGGUUAGACAGAAUGUCGACCGCGGAGCUGCGCGCAUGCACGGUGAUGCGGUAGGGUGGCUUUGAGAGCAGGUCGUUGGGCCGCGCCAGCUCCUGCGCCUUGGGCAGAUAUAACAGCUCGGUUUCCACGCGCGGUGCUUGUGCUUGUGACGCUGCUGAAACGGCGUCUCUGGUAGUAGGUUGGGUGACGGGUGUCUUCUUGGCUGGCUCUUCAGUCACAUCCGUCCAUUCCGCAUCGGCAGCAGCUGCAUCUGCCAGUGUGGCUGCUGCAGAUUUCGUACUCUCCUCUGCGUCGAGUGGUGUUUCAAACUCCUCAUACAAGUCGUCCCGGAAGGACUCGGCAAAGGCCUUGGCGUCGAUGACCUUGCUUUUGGGAAGCGUCAGGACAAAUGCCUUUUGCGACUCGCUCCAAAGCGUCGUGGCCACUGUCGAUUUCCCUACCUGUUGUGGUGUCUGAGCAUACAUUGCAUAGAAACUCUUCGAGUUGUAUAUCGCUCAAGUUUCACUUACCUCGACAACUAGUUCGAGGUGCCACGCCUUUUGGUGAUCGAAGAUUGCGAGCAUAUUGUAACCCCAGUCCUCGUUCUUCUCGUCGUCUACCAAAUCCGUAAGGGCCUGGUACCAGACUUGGAUGCACGAGAUAAUGGCUUUGAUGACGUCGCCUUUUUCGUCGUAUACGUUCUCUAGCUCCGCAAAGAGAAUGGGAAACUCGGGCUGGCAGCUAACGUCUCUUCCCAGGACGUCUUUUAGGCCUGUUCUGGCUUUAUGCACGGAAGCCUCUUUGUCCUCCCAGAGCGAGCGAAGCGCCAUUUGGGCCUUGAGCGGACUGUAUACAGACAGUGAGUAUCGAUCGGGGACCAAGGGACGAAAUAGAACUCACAGCGUCAUAUUGUGCUAUAGUGUGGUGAUGUG